AUGAACUGGAUACUUGAGAUGCAGCCCUGGUUAUCCAAGUCCCUUGGACUCAUCGAAGGGUAUGGUGGGCGGGGCAAAGGGGGUCUUCCUGCCACCCUUUCCCCCUCUGAAGAAGAAAAAGCCAAAGGACCUCAUGAGAAAUAUGGCUACAAUUCCUACCUCAGUGAAAAGAUCUCCUUGGAUCGGUCUAUUCCAGAUUAUCGGCCCACUAAGUGUAAGGAGCUCAAAUACUCCAAGGAGUUGCCCCAGAUAUCCAUCAUCUUCAUCUUCGUGAAUGAGGCCCUGUCCGUGAUCCUGCGGUCGGUCCACAGUGCUGUCAAUCACACACCCACACACCUGCUGAAGGAGAUCAUCCUGGUGGAUGACAACAGUGACGAAGAGGAGCUGAAGGCUCCCUUGGAAGAGUAUGUCCACAAACGCUACCCUGGGCUGGUGAAGGUGGUACGCAAUCAAAAGAGAGAAGGCCUGAUCCGAGCACGCAUCGAGGGCUGGAAGGUGGCCACUGGCCAGGUCACUGGCUUUUUCGAUGCCCAUGUGGAAUUCACUGCUGGCUGGGCCGAGCCGGUUCUGUCCCGCAUCCAGGAAAACCGGAAGCGGGUCAUCCUCCCCUCCAUCGACAACAUCAAGCAGGACAACUUCGAGGUGCAGCGCUAUGAGAACUCAGCCCACGGGUACAGCUGGGAGCUGUGGUGCAUGUACAUCAGCCCCCCGAAGGACUGGUGGGACGCCGGAGACCCCUCUCUCCCCAUCAGGGCUCUGCCCACUGUGGGCGGCACCAUUCCCUGA